CGUGUAAACGUACAGAAAACAUGGCGACGAUGUAGGAGAGCACUCUUACCUGAGUAGCCAAACACUUUUAGUGUUUAAACCAAAUAUCGCAAACGUUUUGCAGCUAUUUCAAACAAGUUAUGACUACUGAAGCUGUAUUGUUCAUAUUAGUUCAAAUAAACCAUGACCGACAAGAGAAACAUCACUGCGCGACAUAUAUCAGAUGCGAGAGAAAAUCAGAGCAGAACUCUCAAACUUUCCCAGAGGAAAAUGAAAACAAAGACUGGAAUGAUCGGACUCAAAAAGUCACAGUCUCCGUCGUAUCACACUUCAUACAGCUGUCGCAAAGAUUUUACAACCCCAAAACGUCGACCAAGAAUCAGAUUCAACGGUUGUUACAGCGGAGAUUCGCCUAAUGAGACUGAAUCCCCGCAAGACAUCAUCUGGGAUCCCAACUCACCCACGCAAAACGUGAAUGGCAAAGGAAAUGCGAAAGUCAUUGAGAUAUCGGAAAUUGUCAAUAGGAUUGCACCAAAAGUUGAGAAGUCUAAAGAAAGGGACUCGGUGCUCCAGUGGAUUGGAGACAGUGCCAUACCCUGCACUCCAGAGAUCAGACAGCCCAGAGUCAGGAGAAUCUCAGCACGGCAGAGCAGUGUUGAGGACCUUAAGAAACUUGCCAAGCAGUUUGACAUCAAUAUGACUCGUCAGGACAAAGAGAAACAACAGGAGAGCACCGAAAAAAGAAAUAAACUCAAUAAACUACAAAGUGAUGGUACAGCGACAACAGAAAAAUCAACAUCCAUCCCGGUCUCGUUGGAACAACGAACUGGCUGCUCAUCUCUAGCCCACCAGGAAGAGGAAGAGCUUCAUGCGCUGUUUGAUGGUCCCACUCAGCACGUAAGUGGGAGACUGAGCCCGCCAUCAGCAAACUGCACACCAGAAAGCAGUGCUGAACCUGUAGCUCAGGCUGGACAGAGCUCAAGUUCUGCAGCAAUCAAGAAUGCUCCUGUGGACGCACCUAAAGCUACUGAGGCGAAGUUUGAUGAUGACUGGGAAAAUGAUGACCUUCUGAAUGACACAUUUAUGCUGGAAAUGACACAGAACCCAGUGUCUUUGAAUGUAGCUCAGAAACCGAGCACUGCUCAGCCCAAGUCUUGCUCUAAGAAAUGUAAUUUUGAGGCCAAGGUUAAUCCCUCUGUAUCUAAUGGCAGAAACAUCUGUUUUGAAACUCAACAGAGCACCAGCAAAAGCAGCACCUUUACCAAGACACUCCCUGAUGUCAAAACGUCUAAUCGAAGCACUUUUAGUUUGAAGCCACCUGCUUCUGUCCAGAAUCAUACUACUGAGAAGCUGCUAAAGACUUCUUCACCUGUGAAUCAAGAAAAACCGCAAACACAGCCAUCCCAGGGUACAAAACAAGUAGAGCUUGAUGGAAUGACCAAAGAUGGUGGAGUUUCAAGUCAGUCCUCUUCUGUUCAGUUUGAUGGGGUUUCAGAGGAGGACAUGAAGUCUCUGUUUGAUUCCGAUAGUCUGUGGAAUGACGAAGACGACGAUGAUCUCCUUUUUCAGGCUUGCGAUGAUGUGGAAAAGUUAUCGGCCAGUCAAGAACAGCAAAGACGCAGCGAAAAGUACAAAAAUCUUGCACGUGACAAAUCAAGAAGCUUUGCAUCUAAAGCACCUUCCUCUUCUGACACCAUUUGUUCUCAGGACAUGGGCAUCAACAGCAGGGGCCAACCACAAGAACCCACAAAAUCCACACGCGUAUUUGCUCGCUCAAACUCAGUACCGUGUACAAGUGGCAGCUCUGGAUUUAAACAGGGCUACGGUGUGUUACCGACAACUAAAAGUUCCAGCUCUGUAUUAGGGAGUCAUAGUGCUCAGCACUAUGGACAUGCACAAAACAAACCGAAUCAAGUGAAAAGUGCCUUAGGAUCCAGGCCUGGUUCUGCCGGAUCCAUCGACACCUCAAAGACUGUUAUGCCACACAGCGCAACAGUAGGGAAUACUUCUAACUCCUGCCAUUACACGUUCAAAAGACAUCUGUCUGACUCCAUGACACUAACCAACAAAGUUUUUAUUUCAUCCCAUACGACAGCCAAAUGUUCAGCUGCCGAGAUUGAGAGGAAGAAACAGGAAGCGAUUGCGAGAAGGAGAUUACGGAUGCAGGCUAGUCAAAAAGAUGGAACCCCGACAUAGGACACCACAGGGAAGCUUGGACUGUACUGAAUGUCAGGGAUGUUCUGGCCUGUAAAGAACUAAAUUAUGUAAUUAUGACACAGUAAUGGUAGCAAUGAAGCCUGGGAAGCAUAUAGCCUGGAGAUCAUAUUUCAGUCCUUCAAAUCCUAAUUUAGAGUUGAACACUAAUUUGUCUCUUUGAAGGAAAUGUUACUUGAAGAUUUCUCAUGCUUUUCUGAAUAAUGUACUGCAGUGUCAUAUCUGUCUAACUGCCAAACUAAAUGGCUAGAGUUACAAGAGAAAGCGAUUUCUCGCACAUUACGGUUCCGUUAUUACAACCCAGUAUUGUCAGUAAAAUUUAUGGCUGAUGUCUGCAAGUCCUCACACUUUUUUUUUCUUUUUUUUCAAAAUUUGAUGAAGCAUUUCUAACCAUGUGUCAUCUGAAUCGUGAAAGAAAAGAAACAGACUUUGGAUUAUGCCUCAUUAAAUGCUGUUACAAAUGUAAGGUCACUUUCCAUUGGUCAGUAUUAGGUCUAGUUAUUAAUGGGGAAAAAAAUACUUGAAUU